AUGGCAAGAAAACGUCGAUCCUCCACACCAAUGUAUAAAUUCCUGCUAAUCUCCUCAAUCUGCCUCAUAGUCGUCGGAAUUCUCCUAACCGCGUUCAGUGUAUUCAGCCCAAUGUGGGAAAUUGUUGAAAUGCCACGUCGUGAUAUUUCACAUCAUCACGGACUUUGGUGGGAUUGUAUUGUUCAUCAUACCAAGUUGAUACCUCUUGAUGGACGCAAUCCACAAAUUGAUCAAUGUAAUAGUAAAAUGGAGCCGGCUGUUCAAGCGGACCUCAAAUCGGCCUUGGAGUUUGGAGAUUUGGGCGCCAAGGAAUUGCUUCUACAUCGAUUUUUGCGUGAGUUUUCUGAUUUUUUUGCAAAAAUUCUUCCAAAAUCAAUUUUUUUCAGCCCACCAUAAAGGAGUAAUAUUCUUUGCCGUAUUCACAUUGGUUUUCGGCCUCAUCUCAAUAGUAAUUGGUGUUUGUUCACCAUGUUUCCCACCAAAUUCUCUAUUAUACGUGGUUGGCGUAUUUAUGACAAGUGCCUGUUCUCUUCUCGCUGAUAUUACUUUUAUCUGCGCUUUCAAUCAAAAACAAAUCAUUGUUUCGGAAACAAAACUCGAUCAAAUUGUUUUUGUAAGUUUAUUUAAUUUUAUUUUUUUUCGGAAUUUAUUCUAGAAUUUUUCAGAAACGCCUCGGAGCUGCAACUUAUAUUCACAUGUUUUCGAGUCUCUGCUUCACAGCCUCCUUCAUAUUCUCCAUAUUUUGCGCAUAUUUUUUGAUAACUUCUCAAAAAUCCCACGAUUCUUGUUGUACAAGUCGGAAAGAGUAUCGAGAAAAUGCGCGAUUUCGAAAUAGUGGAUUGAUUUUGAAAACCGGGGGCGGUGGAAAUAAUACACUAACUUCUCGACCAUUUGUUGUCAUUGAUGAUGAUAGCAGCAUGUAG